AUGAUCUUUCAGAUGUGGCGGUGGGAGGGCCCUCAACGAGUGGUUCUGUUGGCAUGUGGUUCGUUCAAUCCACCAACGCUUAUGCAUAUGAGAAUGAUGGAGGUGGCUCGAGAUUACUUGGAGAAGCAGUUCAAUUGCACGGUCCUCGAGGGAUUACUGAGUCCCGUGGCUGACUCAUUCAACAAACCGAAUCUUGCCUCUGCUCAUCACCGCUUAGCAAUGGUCGAAGCGGCUACGUCGCAUUCAAGAUGGCUUCGAGCUGAUGGUUGGGAGUGUCGACAAAAGUCAUGGUCAAGGACACUUUCCGUAAUGAAGCAUCAUCACCAGGACGCUCAGAAUCGACUACAUGGUGACAUUCGCCUUGCAUUAGUCAUGGGCGGCGACGUGGUUGAGUCGUUCACGCGGAUUCUCCCAAAUGGAGAGAAUCUCUGGCAUCCGAAUGAUGUCCGCGAAAUCAUCACCAAAUUCGGCCUAAUCGUUAUCAGACGUGAAGGCUUCGAUCCUAUGCAAACCUUGCAGUCGAUGGCUUGUUUAAGAGACAUUGUUGAUCAAGUACUGAUUCUUUCUGAUGAUAUUUGCCCUUGUAGUGUUAGUUCAACUAAUAUUCGAGCUGCUGUAGCCUCCAAAAGAUCGAUAAUGUUCACAACUCCUUUUGCUGUUGUAGAAUAUAUACAGAAAGCUGGCCUUUAUUCCAGUAAUAGUCACAAUGGUCAGGUUUCGAAGUAG